UGGUGGAGAGAGUGUGUGGAGCCACAGGGACGUGCCCAGGGUGGACAAACCAUGCUCACUAACUGGGAGAAAGACUCUGCCCAGGACUCAAGAUGAAGGUGGAGAGGAAGACCUCCUCGAGCAGCGACAGUAUCACCGACAUUCCUGCGCUGCUGUGGCUCUUUGGCCUCCUCCUCCUCGUCACAGGUGAGGUGUCGGGGGUGAACGUGACCAGUCAAAGCCAGGUGGUGAGGGGCACGGUGGGCAAAGAGGCCCUGCUGUCAGUCAGCUACUCCAGCAGCAGCUCCGACAAGCCCGUGAUAAAGUGGCAGCUGAAGAGGAGCAAAGAGAAACCCAUCACCGUGGUGCAGUCCAUAGGGACGGACAUCAUCGGGAACCUGAGGCCCGAGUACCGCAACCGCGUCUUGGUGUGUGAGAAUGGGUCGCUGCUGCUCCACAACCUGCAGCUCUCAGACGAAGGGGCGUACGAGGUGGAGAUCUCCAUCACAGACGACAGCUUCACCGGGGAGCAGCACACCGAGCUCACUGUGGAUGUUCCAGUGUCCAAACCUUACGUCCAGAUGAUAGCCUCCUCCAUCCUGGAGUACAGCGAGCAAUUCCACCUGCACUGCUCCCACGAUAACGGCACAAAGCCCAUCUACAGUUGGCUGAAGGGAGGCAAGGUGAUGGCCAAUGACUCGCGCCUGCUGCUGUCCCUUGACCAGAAGGUGCUGACCAUCGCCCGGGUCGGGAUGUCAGACGACGACAUCUACGCCUGCACAGUGGAGAACCCCAUCAGCAGCGUGAGGAGCACACCUGUCAAGCUCACUGUCUACAGACGGAGCUCGCUAUACAUCAUCCUGUCCACCGGGGGCAUAUUCCUCCUAAUCACCCUGGUUACAGUGUGUGCCUGUUGGAAACCUUCCAAAAAGAAGCAUCGACCUGUCCCCCAAAGAGCUCCUGUUUAUUUAGAGCAGAGUGAAAAUGGCCACGAUGUGGAUGUUGUACCGAAACCAACUACACUCGGUCGUAGGAGUCCAAUGCCUCUUUAUGUUCUCAAUGAAGAUGAGACUCUGGAGCGUUUGGAAGAAUGUUCUGGCAACGCUUUCAGCCAAUCCGAAAUGAGUAUCCCUGCUACCUACGCUCCCGUCCUCCCCCCCUCCUCAAACAGAACUGAUCGGCCCAUCUGGUCGGCCCCUCGCAGGUACCCCCGCAGCCCCUCUCCCCUGGCACUACCCCUCCCACAGCACCCUCUCGGUCCUGCACUGCUGCCCGUCCGCUCUCCUGCUCACUCCCCCGGGUCGUCUCCACGCAGCUUCAGCCCCAUAAGAAAGGUCCGUCCCCCCGUGGGCAUCCCAACCAGCCACCUGCCCGUGGAGGCAGAGUGUCCAGAUCCCAGUGAUCCCACUCACUGUCCACCCCAACAAUGAUGGCCGCACGUUUCUCAACCUCCCUGGGAAGUAUGCUUUCAUUCUGUGAUAUGUAAAGUUUAUGUAUAGUUUGUUGUUCUUCUGAGGAAAAGGAGGAUUUGGGAUUGGAUGCACUAGGAUCAGAGAUGAGUUCCCUUUCAGCUAACUCUUUAUAUUCCAUUAUUUAUCAUCAAGUUCUCUGUGGUUUUCCUCAAUGUCUGUAGUUUUUUGUUGUUGAUAUCCUCUCAUAGGAAAAAAUAUAUUUUACAGGUAGUUUAUCCUGAAAAUGAUGCUGAGACAGAACAGACUUACCAGCUCUGAUAUAUUUUACUUUUUGUUUCAUCGUGAAUUUGACUGGGAACGUUUGAUAAGCGGCUGUACAUAAGUAGGUAAAUUAAUGUUGAGGGGUUGGUUGUUUUCUUUUCUUUUAAAAAACUUUAAACCACAAAUUGGGUUAUUAUUCUA